AGGAAAUGUUACAGGUUAUGAUCGCGCCGCGCCGAACGGACGCGCUUUCCGCCGCUCGCCCUCGCGCUAGAUGAUCGCAAAAGCGCGCGAGAGACCGCCACCACGUGAUCGUGCGCGCCUUCAACGCCGUGGAUACCGCCGAGGAUACCCGUGCGCGUCGCUGGUUGCCGAGCCGCCGUCCGUAAGGAGCCACGAGGAUUCACCGUGUUGUUGGGCUCCCGACUCGCUUUAAUGUUAUCGCCGGUUCCUCGCCCCGCCCACUUGACCGACUGCUUGUCAUGAAGGCGCAAUGUUGGUGCAUCAUAGGUCUCCUGAUUCAUUCUUGCUUCUGCAGACCGACAGUGAACGAUCCGUCCAUUCGCGGUUACUUGACAGAGCGAGUAUGCUGGUGGAACGAGGUCUGCAAGGAGGAGUUCCAGUCGCUGUUCCGGUGCAAGUGCCCGCAGUGGUCCUACUGUCGGAGCCCCGGGCGCUAUUACAACGCCCACUGCUCCAUGACCGAAACCGGCUACAUUUGGACGCAACCCGACCGAGACUGGAGCCUCGCGUCCCCGCCCCCCGCCCCCGCUCCAGCACCCGCCCCCGNCACCAGCCCCAGCUCCCUCCAACGCCACCCAAACCCGCCUUACUUGAAAUCUCAAUUCGCCAUCAACACAAUUUUUUGUGUCGGAAGUGACCAUUAG